GUCUUCACAAAGAGGCAACCUUUGGCUUGAUGCCACCAUGCUGGCUGGUGUGGGAGGAUCUGCUUCAGCUGCUUGGUUUAAAGCAAACACCUGAAACUACACAAACACACACACACCCGCACACACACAAGGAGCUGAACACAACAAGUUUGACUGCAGACUGCAAACUUUAACACCAGAAAAUGUUACUUAGCUUUGUGAUCCUCUUCUUCCUCUUCUCUCCAGCAACGUCUCUGCAGUGCUACUCAUGCGGCUCCUCCACCACCAAUGAAGAAUGCAACCAGAAGAGCGAGACGUGUCAGCAGCCGCUCGACACCUGCAUGACCAUCGUGGACACUUUGGGUUACAUGAAAGCCAUCGUGAAGCAAUGCGCCAGCAGCUCCACAUGCAAGGGGGCCGCCUCCACCGCCUCGGUGGACGCAGACGGAAACGGAAACACCAUCAACUGCUGCAGCUACGACAUGUGCAACAUGAGCGCGGCGGACUCUGUUCACUCGCACACGGCGCUGCUGCUUCUAACUGGAGCCGUUUUACUGCUGCUAACGCACUGAGGCCAGCCAGAGGCUGGUCUAAAAGAAUUAUGUAAAUACUGUAAAUCUAUAAAGAUUUAUUUUAUGUAUAUAUAUAUAUAUUCUAAGAUGUAUUACAAAUACAGCUGUAAAAAUUGCAAUGUGGAACAUCCUUCAUGCCUAAUUUAUGACAAAGACACUCAUUAAAAUGGGAACAUGGCAAAAAACACACAUUGUUGCAAUUGAAUGAAAUAAAAAAAAAAAAAAAAAAUCAGACCAUUGACAGCAAAAUC